GCCCGGUUCUGCAGGGCCAGGGGGUCCCGGCUCCCAAGAGCCCCCGCGCGCGGUGCAGGCUGGGGGAACAUGGCCGCUUCCGGUCUCGCACUGUGGCUGGCGCUAGGCUGACCGCGGCCGAGGCCCUGCGCGCUCUUCCCUGUGCAUCUUUCGCCCGCGCCGCAGAGGGUGCAGCGGCCUCCUAUUCUCGCGCCAUGGAGAAGAGCUCGAGCUGCGAGAGUCUCGGCGCGCAGCCCCCGGCGGCACGGCCACCCAGCGAGGACUCACUGUCCAGUUAAUGUGUUAAGAGCCAUUGACAUUUGAAGAUCAUCAGAAGUGAAGAUAAAAGAUCUCAAAAAUUAUAAUCUCAGGUUCACUUUGUUCCAAGUGAAGACUCACUUCUGCGACACAGCGUGACCGCACAUUGUUCCUGACGCCUCUCUUGUCCUGUGGAUUGGUGACAUUUAAACAUCAGAGCUGCCAUAGCAUUUUAACAGUACACAUUACUGUGUUGUAGUGAGGUGUCCUCUGUUUUGGAGACAGAUAUUCUGACAUGCUUCUACUUCUCAUUCAGAGAACUCGGUGCAUACGAAGUCAGCUUCUGCUAUAUCAUCAGAUUCCAUUUCAACUUCCGCAGACAACUUUUCUCCUGAUUUGAGGGUCCUGAGGGAGUCAAACAAAUUAGCAGAAAUGGAGGAACCAAGCCUGCUUCCAGGAGAAAACAUUAAAGACAUGGCCAAAGAUGUGACUUACAUAUGUCCCUUCACUGGUGCCGUACGAGGAACACUGACUGUCACAAAUUACAGAUUAUAUUUUAAGAGCAUGGAACGGGACCCCCCUUUUGUUCUAGAUGCUUCUCUUGGAGUGAUAAGUAGAGUAGAAAAAAUUGGUGGUGCAUCUAGCCGAGGUGAAAACUCUUAUGGCCUGGAGACUGUGUGCAAGGAUAUCAGGAAUUUACGAUUUGCUCAUAAACCAGAGGGGCGAACAAGAAGAUCCAUAUUUGAGAAUCUAAUGAAAUAUGCAUUUCCUGUAUCUAACGGCUUGCCUCUUUUUGCUUUUGAGUAUAAAGAAGUAUUUCCUGAAGAUGGGUGGAAACUGUAUGACCCCCUUCUAGAGUACAGAAGGCAGGGAAUUCCAAACGAGAGCUGGAGAAUAACAAAGAUAAAUGAACGCUAUGAACUUUGUGACACAUAUCCUUCCCUCUUGGUUGUGCCAGCAAACAUUCCUGAUGAGGAGCUAAAGAGAGUGGCAUCUUUCAGGUCGCGAGGUCGAAUCCCAGUUUUAUCCUGGAUUCACCCUGAAAGUCAAGCCACAGUCACUCGCUGCAGCCAACCCAUGGUGGGGGUGAGUGGGAAGCGCAGCAGAGAGGACGAGAAAUACCUUCAGGCCGUCAUGGACUCCAACGCCCAGUCGCACAAAAUAUUUAUAUUUGAUGCUCGGCCAAGUGUCAAUGCUGUUGCCAAUAAGGCAAAGGGAGGAGGCUAUGAAAGUGAAGAUGCCUAUCAAAAUGCAGAACUCGUUUUUCUGGAUAUUCACAAUAUUCAUGUUAUGCGAGAGUCAUUACGGAAGCUUAAGGAGAUUGUGUACCCCAACAUCGAGGAAACUCACUGGUUGUCUAAUUUGGAAUCUACGCAUUGGCUGGAACACAUUAAGCUCAUCCUUGCUGGCGCUCUUAGGAUUGCUGACAAGGUGGAGUCAGGGAAGACGUCUGUGGUGGUGCACUGCAGUGAUGGCUGGGAUCGCACAGCCCAGCUCACUUCCCUGGCCAUGCUCAUGUUGGACGGAUACUAUCGAACCAUCCGAGGAUUUGAGGUCCUUGUCGAGAAAGAGUGGCUAAGCUUUGGACAUCGAUUCCAACUGAGAGUUGGCCAUGGAGAUAAGAACCAUGCAGAUGCAGACAGAUCCCCUGUCUUCCUUCAGUUUAUCGACUGUGUCUGGCAGAUGACAAGACAGUUCCCUACUGCAUUUGAAUUCAACGAAUAUUUCCUCAUCACUAUCCUGGACCACUUGUACAGCUGUUUAUUUGGGACCUUCCUCUGUAACAGUGAACAGCAGAGGGGAAAAGAGAAUCUUCCUAAGAGGACAGUGUCACUGUGGUCCUACAUAAACAGCCAGCUGGAAGAUUUCACUAAUCCUCUUUAUGGGAGCUACUCCAACCAUGUCCUUUACCCAGUAGCCAGCAUGCGCCACCUAGAACUCUGGGUAGGCUAUUACAUAAGGUGGAACCCCCGGAUGAAACCACAGGAACCUAUCCACAACAGAUACAAAGAACUUCUUGCCAAAAGAGCAGAGCUUCAGAGAAAAGUAGAGGAACUUCAGAGAGAAAUUUCCAACCGCUCAACCUCCUCUUCAGAGAGAGCCAGCUCUCCUGCACAGUGUGUGACUCCUGUCCAAACUGUUGUAUGAAAGGACUAUUAGGUCAGGGGCAUCGUUGCCAGGAAUUCAACAUUACAG